GCUGCCUCCUCUCCCCGUCCGGCUCCCGCCCCUCCUGCGCGCUGCUCCCGGUAGAUGGAGCAUCCUCAUCGCUUUUCGCCCGAAGCCCUCAGAAAUGUUGGUCUUUCCCUCAUAACUCCCGCUGUUAAAGCAAGAGGGCGGUUUCUGGGGGACAGGCCCCCCGCCGAUGUGGCCCUGAGGGAGCGCAGCGCUGCGGCCCGGGAGCCCCUCCGGGAGCCGCCCGUUCACCUGCUGCGUGAACGGCCUCGGCCCCUUCUCCCGGCGGCUGAACCUGCUCCGGGCUUGCCCCACAGCCCUGGCUCCCACCACCUCCGGUACGGCGUGGAGGUGACAAGGUGAUACCUGCCGCCCUCUCCGCACCCUUUGACGGGGCUGAGGUGCCCCAGAGAGUUUACACAAUGAGUGACGAACUUUUGACCAACUUGGACAAACUUCUGGUCGAACUUGCUUUCCAGGUAGAACAAGGUUCUUUUGCUAAGGAACGUGUGAAUCAACAGAUAAACUCAUAUGCUGCAGAAUUCGCAGAAAAAAAGGAUAAAAUUGCUAAGUUGGAGGAAAAUAUAAAGAACGGCAAUGAGGAAAUAGCUGAUUUGAAAAAGCAACAUGAGAGCAGUAAGAAGAACUGUAAUGUUUGGAAGCCCACCUAUAAAAUUCUUAGCAAACAUGAAGAAUAUGUGAAAAAUGAACUUGAAGCUUUAGAGGAAGCUACAGAAAAUGAGAGGAAAAUGUAUGAGGAUUGCAUAACCCAGUAUAAGGAGGUUUUGGAGGAACACCACAAAAAAUAUGCAGGGACUGCUCUUGCCCAGAGGCAUUACAAAAAAAAGGAGGAAGUUGAAGAAAUCCAAAAGAGAGUUUUGAAACACUGGAAAAAAUACAAAUGGAAGGAAGAUGCUCGCUUGGAUCUGGAGGCUGUUCCUUUUAAAUCUGUAAAUGAUUGGGCUGUGCACAUUGCAUCUUCAAAGCAAAAAACACAGGAAAUGUUACAUCUUACCACUGUUGCUGCACAAGAAUUCGUCAAACUGAAAAAAGAAGCAGAUGAAUUAGAAAUGAAGAUUGGUUCUUUAGAAAAGAGACUUGAAGCGGCUACAGAAGAUCAAGAUAACUCUGAAAUGAUUGAAGGAAAAAAUCAAAAAAGUCUCGAGAAACCAAAGGAGUUUAAAGAAAGGAUGUUUGAAGAGCCUGAACACACACCUUUGCCAAAAGAGAAACAUCAGUGGUGCAAACCAUUACCUGUCCUACGCAUUCCUCAGAAACUGGUCCAGUCUGUACAGAGUAUUAGAUUCUCAAAUCAACAACCAGAAACAGGGAGAGAAGACAAAGAAAAAACAAUGGAACUUUCAGUUGCCACUAGCAGUUCCUCCAAUCUUGCAGAAAAUUUGUCAGAGAUGGUUAUUGACACCGCAGGGACCAAUAACCCACGAAUUGCCCAGGUUCCAUCAAUAGCAAGCAUACAAACCCCAAUGAAAUUCAGAGUGACAAAUCCUCCAAAGCAGUUGACUUCCAACCAGCAGUUUGAGAGUAAAAAGGCAGUAAUGGCAAACCAAGAGGCCAAACGUGGUGAUAAAGAAGCAGAUGAGCCAAAGGAAUCUUCGCACAUACCUCAAGAUGUACACACGUGUUUUAAUCCAAAUGAAGAUAAUCCUGACAUAGUAGAAGAAAGUGCAGAACCAUUUUUAAGAGUACCUAAAACACCUGACUUAAAGGGAAAGAAGAUGCAGUUCUCUGAAACACCUCCCUUUGACUUCAUUCAAAAUUUAGGUUGUGAAGAAGGAACAUCAAAAUCUCCUGCUUUCUUUUCUCUCAUGAACUUCUCCCAGAAGUCACCUGGCUUUAACUUCUUUGGUUCUUCUGUGUUUGGGGCACAAAACUCAUCUGAUGAGGCAGAAGAAAAUUUUCCUGUGGGAAACCUGAACACUCAGUCCCCACACAAAGAUAUUGGGAGCUUCUUUGGGAAACCUGAAAGUGAGGAUGCAUUUGCCUUUCCCUUCGCCUCAGAAUCAACUUCUCAUGCAUUUGGAGAUGGAAAAGAUGACUUUAGUUUUCCAUUUGCAUUUGGACAGGAUCAGAGAUCAUCACAGUCUCCUUCUAUGAAAGGUUUUCAUUCUUCCUUACAAAAUACAAAGCAAUUUACACUCUUUUGAAUGCCUUUGACUUCCUUUUAAAUUCUUUUCCUACUUAGCCUUGACAAAUGUUUUCAGUUUCUGAAGUUAAAGUACAAAGCAUUUCAUCUUCUCCUUUCAUUUCUGUAAGAAAUAGUGUAAGAAUACAUUACUGUAGUUGCUGCAAGAACAUGUGUGUGUUGAUGCAGAUUUAUUUUUCUUAUUUAUUUUCUAAAGGUGUUUUUUUCAUAAAAUGUUAUGAUAUGCUCUUGCCAAAUUGGCACUUAGAAGCAGCAGAAAUAUCAUUUUACAGUAGUGAGUUAAUUCAAUAUCUGUGUGAGAGCACCUAAACAUCUAGAUGACUACUUUCAGCCUCUGAUAUAAACUAAAUUACUUGUGUUAGUAAGAGUGACUGUUUAUUGUAGCAGUAAAAGCUGAAUUUGAGUUAAAGACACUGUUUUAAGUAUUCUGUGUGUAACAGCUGAUUUAUAAUUUUGAAAUAAACAUUUUUGUUAAUUUUA